AUGGCCACCAACGUUACAACGGCACUCAACUCGACUUUGGCAGAGUAUGGGAACACGAAGAGUACUACCGGAGAUAGCACGUUCACUGUAGGGACAGACAGUCCUUCGCCAUCAGCCCUGGCGAUGGUCGCUUUGUUCCUGUCCACGUCCAGUCGAACAAACCUUCUUGGGCCUGGCCGCCUGGGUUAUCUACGACUACUGUGUGUCACCAAGAGCUUUGACCGCCUCAAACCAACCUCUGUUACACAAUUUUUGACUAUAGAAGACUUUGCAAGGCAUUAUCCUUCCCAUAUGAAGGGAAAUGACGGCAAUGAUUUCAGAGAGCCACGGCGGGACGUAAAACCAGCAGAUACAUUCCCAAGAUUUUGUCCCCCAGAAAGAGUUAUCCAAUCCAAACCAACCAAAUCUGCAAAAUCUACCAUGGGAAGCGUUUUUUCAUCCAUUGGUCGUGGCAUUUUCGCUGUUAUCAGCGCCAUUGCCAACGUCUUCAUCACUAUUGUCAACGCAAUCACUAGCGUACGUACCACGAAAUGGAGAUGA